GUGCAGGGGAGGGUUGCGCCGAGAGCUGGCGACUGGCGAGACAAAACAAAAGCCACCCUUUUCAUCCACCCGGCGCUGGUCGCUUCUUAUUAUUCUUUCCGAGCUAAGGUUUUUAUUUCCCGCUUUCCUAUCCUUGUGCAAUGCCGAGCAGCACGUCUUUGCUGGAGGCCGACGACGGAGAAUCCGAGGUGCCACCGCCGCUAGUGCACGCUUUCGCCGGCAUGGGCCUCGACGAGCAUAUCGGCACCCAGAGCCAGACGGCAGCCGAGCAAGUGGACGAUAGCCCGGCCUACCACCACAAACUCAUCCAGGCCCCCCACUUGAAUCGCCUUGGCACGGUCCUAGACUUGAAGCCCCUGCAGAACCACCAUCGGCCACCCUCGGCGGACGAAGGGAGCGUCACGCCCGAAGACGAGGACCCGGCCAUCUCCGGGUGCUCACCGGGUAGCUCGUUGCUAGCGCAGGCCCACCAAUACAUGCCUUCUGGCUGCAGUAUGGAGCAGGUGGAGACGGUGCUGCUGUACAAUGGAGACGAGCGGGACGACCCGACCAUGCCGCCCGGCGUGUACGCUGGCGAGCCGGGCAACGAGGCCGAGGCGGCGCUGUUGGCUCGCCGGAAAAGUGUCAACACGACCGAAUGCGUGGCGGUGCCUAGCUCCGAGCACGUUGCGGAGAUAGUGGGCAGGCAGGGCUGCAAAAUCAAAGCACUCCGAGCCAAGACCAACACCUACAUUAAGACGCCGGUGAGGGGCGAGCAGCCCGUCUUUGUCGUGACGGGACGCAAGGAAGACGUGGCCAUGGCCAAGAGGGAGAUCCUGUCCGCUGCCGAGCACUUCUCCCUCAUACGAGCCUCACGGAACAAAGCGGGCUCUCUCUCCGUCGCAUCCGGGCCGGGGAUCCCUACUCUACCUGGCCAGACCACCAUUCAGGUGCGGGUGCCGUAUCGUGUUGUGGGACUGGUGGUGGGUCCUAAAGGGGCGACCAUCAAACGCAUUCAGCAACAGACACACACCUACAUCGUCACCCCGAGUCGCGACAAGGAGCCCGUGUUUGAGGUCACUGGGAUGCCCGAGAACGUGGACCGAGCCAGGGAGGAGAUCGAAGCACACAUCGCCCUCCGCACAGCCACUUGCGGGGGCGGGAUCGAGGCUCCCGGUGUGGACAACAACGACUUCCAGUUCAACGGCACCGACGUCAGCUUCGACACUUCUGCCGCCGCUGUCGGUCUGGGCGAAGCUGGGUGGCUUCACGCCGGUGCGACUGCGGCCAGUAACGCCAGCCUGCUCCCAGUCAGCCUGGGCGGCCCCCCGCGGGUCAAUAGCAAUAUAUCUGGUGGCGUCCGCAUGUCUUCCACCUACCGCAAUGACAGCUCCAGCUCCCUUGGCAGCGGCUCCAGCUCCACCGAUUCCUUUUACGGCAGCGGCGGGAACAGGAUGUCUGAUUUCAGCCCCACCUGCUCCUUCAAUGCCAAUUCCAAUAACAACAACAGCAACCCGGGCGCUACGAGUUUCUGGUUUGGAGACAGCCUUCCACCGGUGGGCUCCGAAGAGCUGGUCGGGUCAGGGGGUGCGAGCGCCUCCUCUGGAUUUGAGCCAUUAACCAUCUCUACGAGCCAAGUGGUUCACCCCUCUGCACAGCCACACAUCUGGAGCCCCUAUGUGGACCAGCAAAGUAUUCAGGCCUUCGACGCUCGUCCCAGUCAGACCAGUCAGCCGGGGACGCCCCGCCUCUCUCCCACCUUCCCCGUGACCGAAGCCAUGGAACACCGGGCCCCGUUCGGUUCCUCCUCCGGGACCCCGAACGAAGGCCAGCGGCUCCCGUCCUACUGCUCGGCUUUCUCCUCCUCCUCGUCCGGCGAGAGCACGGCCUCCUCCCCGCCCGAAUCCACCCUUGCCUAUCGAGCCGGCCUCGUAUCGGCGGGCCGGGGGCCGGCCCAGGAGGUGUGCGUCCGCUGCAUGGAGAGCCAGGUGAUCGCCGCCCUGGUCCCUUGCGGCCAUAACUUCUUCUGUCUCGAUUGUGCCACCCAAAUAUGCCAGAGCCCGGACGCCGCCUGCCCCGUGUGCCUGUCCCCGGUCAGCCAGGCCAUCCAGCUGCGCAACAUGUGACUGACAGGUAGGGGGCGGCCGGUCCCUCAUCUUGGCUUUAGUAGAGGAGGUUUAAGCAAGGAAAGAUGUGCAUUAAUGGUCUAGUUCAGCUUGUUCAUGUGCCUGCCAAUUGUCAAGUCUUCUACUUAAUGAAUUGAUCAACAAGACGGGGCGGAAACCUUCAAUGUAGCAAUGGGCGGGCCGGGAAUUCUCCUUUUAUUUUUCUCCCUUGACAACGGUUCCCCGCCACUUCCUGCCUCAUCAUAGUUCCUUCACUGCAGUAAUAUGCUCAACCUGUAGCCCCGCCCCCUUUUGUUGACCGGUGCUCACGGGAGUGACAACCAAGUGGAGGAGGAGCAUGUUUACAAACCAGUCGUAUUACACACAUAUUCAUGCACACCUCAUAGUGAACUCGUAUCCCAUGUUUACACACUUGAGAAGUGAUGCUGUUUUAUACGCAUGCUAGCCGCCACACUCCACCCCGUAUCGCAGCGAUCGCCUUUUACCAAGGACACACCAUUAUGCAUAAAAUACAAUUGUUUACCAUUUAACGUGUGCCUAAAAUUGCGUUCAGAAUCAACAACGGGUUGGUUGAGCCGUGCUUUGCUUUUAGGGCCCGUUUACACGACCACACAAUGAACAAAAACGUGGAAUCCUUUUUUUCCGAAACUUACUUCCUUUACACUGAGCUGCAAAAACACACUUUUUCUUAUUUUAUUGAAGAAUAAUGUGCUCACGCUGUAAAAUCUGAGAUAUACGUGACAAAAUAAUGUGCCAUAAAGGACACUUUCGGUUGGUCACAAUUCAUAGAGUAAGCAAAAUAAUCCAAUAUUUUGGCUUGUCAAAAAAUAGUCUUAAAAUAAAUUAAAUAAUUUGCCAGAAUGUCAAUUGACUUGUUUAAAUGUUUUGGUUAUAAAAAAUAAUAAUAAUAAAUUGAAAUAAGCUUAAUGAGCCCAAAAGCUUUAUAACUUUGUUAUUUUGGCUUGGAACUCGUGUAAAUCGAGCCUAACACCUUUUUUUUGUAAUGAGCGCUGUGAUUGACUGACCUAAAUACAAAAUGUACAUUCAGAGCACAAACAUUAGCACAGGGGUGUCCAAAAGCUUUUUUUCCCCUGAAACCCUUGUUAUAUUUUCAUCAAGUCAGUGUGUAGGAAAAAAACAAUUUAGCAUUUUUCCUCAAAUUAUUUUUUUUAGCGUUUUUUAUAAUUUUUUUUAUUUUUAUUUUUUUCAAUAAAUUCAAGUGAUCUUAAUGAACAAAACAUACAAAUUCAUCACAUUGUUUGACAGUUUACUGUAGAUGUUUCUGAUGCAGGUUUAAUUAGGUAAUUAUU